AAUUGCCACUAAUACCACUUUCCUAAUACCACUUUUCAACUUUACACUUUUCAAAUUUACCUUUAAAAUUUUAGUAGGUAAAGUACCAUUAUACCCUUAUUUAAUCAAACAUAAACAUAAGUCUUCUCCCACAAGAAAUUGAAAAUUCAAAAACCCCUAAUCGAGAGAUUGAUUCCGGCGAUCGAGAGAUUCCAACGAGAGAUCGAUUCCGGCGAGAGAGAUCGAUUCCUUCGAGAGAGAUCGAUUCCGGCGAGAGAGAUCGAUUCCGGCGAGAGAGAUUCGAUCCGUCGAGAGAGUUUCGACGACUUCAGCCAUUUUCACCGGCGAGAUUUGAUUAUUCAGGCGACAUUGACGUCCGACGAGAUUUGGCGUAGACUACAAGCUCAAUCGAAUCAAUCUCUCUUCACGAACGUAACAAAGUUAUGGUGUUCGAAAUUUGUUCUAUAUGUGGAGAAUGGAAACUAAUAAAUGGAAUUCACUGGGAUUUCAUAGUGGAUGAUCAACGAGGAUCCUCUCUUAGUAUGAUUCAUGAAGAUAUCAGCUACAAUGAUUUGAUUGUGGCUGUUUUAGAAGAUUUUGGAAUUGAUGGCAACAGAAACAGUGUAAAUCUUAGCUAUGCCUCACCUUCAAAAUUAAACUUUGGUACAAAAGAGCUUCCUCCAGCAUUUAUUAGGAAUGAUCGUCAAGUAACAUCUUAUCUGAGCAAACUUAAGGAGAAUGGAGACCUUCAUCUAUGUGUAACCAUUAAGAGAAGAACUCAAUUAUCACCAAUGAUUAUGUCAAAUAUGAUCCAGCCACGGGGUGGAAAUAGUAAUCAUGAUUUGCCUAUUGCUGGAACUAGUAAUCCGCGUGAGACAGGAACACAAAAAUCACCAUUGAUUAUGUCAAACAUGAUUCAGACACAAGAUGAAAUUUCUAGUACUCAUGAUUCGCCUAUUGCUGGAAGUAGUAAUGUAUUUGAGAGAGGAACAAAAACACACGCGGAGACUGAAUGGAACAGCAUUCAGAGAGUUGACGAAGUCUCUGGUAUACAACAUACUUGUAUUAGCGACAGUCUUAUUUCUCCUUCAAGUGGUCUUGUUAGCAAUAAGAGAGGAUUGGACUCGAUUGGACUUGCUGUAUAUGGGUCUGGAAAGUCAAAAUUGCCAUCUUUCUCCAGUAGACGUGGUAGAGAAAGCAUGGGAGAAGAUAUCUUGUCUCCCAGUUGUGGUGAUGAUGAUGAUUUGUUCUGCGGGAAGUUUUUCAAGGAUAAAAAGGAAAUGAGCACAAAGUUGAGGUUGCAUGCAGUUAGUAAAAGCUUUGAGUUCCACACAGAAUAUUCAGACAAAACACGUUAUGUUCUUAGUUGUGUGGAUGAAAGAUGCAGUUGGAGUUUUCGUGCAAAAUCAGUUAAAGGAUCUCAGAGUUUUUUUGUUCGUCAUUAUGUAUCUAAACAUACUUGUGACACUUCUCUGAGAACUGUUAGUCAUCGGCAAGCUACUGCAAAAUUGUUGGGAACUAUGGUCAGCAAUCAUUAUGAAGGAGGAAAGAUUGGGCUGAAACCUAAACAGAUCAUGGAAAAAGCUAGAAAUGAUCAUGGUGUUGUGAUUACAUAUUCAAAGGCUUGGAGGUCUCAAGAGCACGGCCAAGAUAUAGCUAGGGGUACUCCUGAUGACAGUUAUGAAGCUUUGCCCAGUUGGUUUCACAUGAUAAAAGAAAAGAAUCCAGGUUCUGUGACUUUUAUCGAAGUUGAUGCUGUUGGGAAAUUCAAAUACGCAUUUUUGUCGCUUGGUCCAUCUAUCAGAGGGUUUAAGUUGAUGAGGAAGGUACUUUCUGUUGAUGGUGCCCAUCUGAAAUCAAAGUAUAAAGGGACUCUACUUGCUGCCACAGCACAAGAUGGUAAUUUUCACUUGUAUCCUAUAGCUUUUGCUAUAGUUGAUUCUGAGAAUGAAGCCUCAUGGAGUUGGUUUAUGAAAUGUCUGAAAACCAUCAUUCCUGAUGAAGAGGAUUUGGUUUUUGUCUCUGAUCGUGCGGCCUCUAUUGAAAAAGCUCUUUUACAACAUUAUCCUGUUGCUCACCAUGGAAUCUGCAUCUUUCACUUUCAAAAGAAUGUCCAGGACAAUUUCAAAAGUUCAACACUUGUCCCUUUGGUUGUUGAAGCUGGUUAUGCCUACACCAAAGCUGAUUUCGAUUGCUAUUUUCAAGAGAUUGAGGAGUCCGACAUUGUAUUAGCAGAUUAUCUUCGUAAAGCAGACUUCAGGAAGUGGACCCGAGCUUAUUCUCCUGCUAAUCGCUUCAACAUCAUGACGUCAAACUUGGCCGAAUCUAUAAAUUCUUUGCUGAAAGUGAGUCGUGAGUAUCCAAUUGUCUGUCUUUUUGACACUAUUAGGAUGAUAAUGACUAAGUGGUUCACUGAACGACGUGAGGAAGGAGUUCGUCACAUGCACCCUGUCACUGUCGAAGUGGGGAACAAGAUGAAGGAGCUAUAUGAUUUUACGUCUCGCUUCCUUGAAGUUUCCAAAAUCAAUGAUUCAGAGUUUGAGGUUAAGGGAGAUACAAGAGAUCAAGUGGUGAAUUUUCAAACAAGGCAUUGUUCAUGUUUUGUGUUUGAUAUUGAGAAGUUUCCUUGUGCUCAUGCAAUUGCCGCUGCAAAAUCUGGGAAUAAGCACGAAAAUGAUUAUGUCGAUGAGUUUUUCUCCAAUGAAAGGUUUACACUAGCAUAUUCAGAGAGUGUAUAUCCUGUUGGUGAUAAAACAUAUUGGGAUAUUCCUCCCCAUGUAGCUUCGUUUGUUUGUCGCCCUCCAUCUACACGCUUUCCUAGUGGGAGGAGGAAAAAAAAGAGGAUACCAAGUUCGUGGGAGUAUGGAAAAUAUCGGCCCAUAUCUAAACCAUCACCCAAGGCUUACAAAUGCAGCAGAUGUGGACAGAAAGGACACAACAAAGGUAGUUGUGUAAGGCCUAUUUGAUAACAGAGUAGUAUAAAAACUUGUGUGCAAUUGAUUAUUUUAUAUGAUGUUAUAAGAGAGAAUUGGAAUCGAAUAGAUUUUGGGGAACCUUUUACUAUUACAUUUUAUCGUUUUAUAAUGAUUUAUAAAGUUUACAGGUGUCUAAUAGAAGUUAUGUUCCUUUUAUUUUUACAUCUAUCAUUUUAUAAUGCUUUAUAAAUUUUGCAGGUGUCUAAUAGAAGUUAUGUUAUUUAUUAUACGAAAUGUGUGGUUACAUAAACUACCCUUUAUAAAUCAUUAGGAUUCAGAUUAAUUGUAGAAAUUAUAUGUUCGUUUGAUAUCUUAGCUUACUUGCAUGAACAUAAAUAAAAUAUGUUUCCUUAGCAAAGGUUUAAGGUACAAACCAAAAUAUAUUUUCCUCAUCAUGAAGGAUUAAGGGACAAGCCAAAAGAUGUUCCUCAUUGAAGACAUCAUCAAAAGAUAACACACUAAAACUGAAAAAGUUCCAUAGAUAUUUGUUAAAAGUACUAAAAAACUGAAAGAGCUUCAUUUCUUCAAAUUCGCGAUGCUUCUAAUCGGCAUUUUUAAGAUCUUCCAAAACACUUCCUAUCACAUCAUCAGCUGAAUCUUUCUCAAAUUGUUUCUUUUGUUUUUUCGAUUUGGGGGUGCCAACAUUGUGUUCCUUUAUAAGCAUAACAAUUAAGAAAAUCAGAAAUGAUAAUUGGAUGUAGUCAAUGAAAUUUGAAAGAAUAUUUUAUAAACCAUUAUACAUAGA